CUGACAACGAACGAUUAUUCUAUUACUCAAACUUGAGUUGGUCGGCGUAGGUGUAGCAGCUCUCUAGCUGCAUUAAACCCUCGAGUUCAUACUAGACCGGAAUAAAACAACCAAUAUAAUAUAAUUUUCUAUGAAAAGAUUCCAGACUCUUAGCUAAAAAAUUUGAAAUUCUAUUAUGCACUCUUGGGAGAUGAGAUAUCUUGAAAUACGGAAAACAUAUAUUCAACGUCUUUAUCGCUUCCAAUUCAGUUGCAAAACUUGUUGGCCAUGCGUGAGGCUCUUUUAUCUCCACGAUCAGAUCUUUGCAAUCCGUCACAAAGUUCUGACAUGAUGUUAUAGCAUAUUUUUCAUUGCCCAUUGUCACACAUCCGUUUAGAACUCCAUGGUCAAGCAUGCUUGGACUGUAACAGUGAAAGGAUGGGUCACCUUUCAGAAAGUGAUUUGCAAUACCGUGCAAAUAAAACUAAAACAAGGAGAAAGGUCAUGUGGUGACUGCAGGUUCAGUAAACAUGACUUUCAAGGCUUGGAAAAUUAAUGCACCGCUCGGCAGACGUGAUGAGGCCCACGGGCUGAGUGAGCGGGUGUGGAUAAUCCAUUAGCCGUGGGCGGUCAGAGCGUUACAAGUGGUAUCAGAGCUGGUUAGUCAUCUCUGUUCUGACCCGAGAAACAUUUUGAGACCUGUCGUUGGGUCCAACGAGGACGUUGCGUUCUUUAAGGGGGGUGAAUUAUAAUAUUCCGAAUUGCGAUUAAUGUCGUUUUUUUUUUUUGAACAUUUUCUAAAAUUAAUGUCAUAUUUUCUUGCUAAGAAGAAUUUAUUGGUGGGUUCACCAGGCUCAAUUCUGUUUUGAUCAUCCUCCUCUUCUGAGGAGAGGAUUUCAUCAUCAUAACUUCUUCCUAGGGAAUUAGUUGUCUCCUCAGACUCGUUUAAAAAUUCCCACCAAAACUAACCGUACCUAGAGAGAGAGAGAGAGAGCACCCUAAAUUAAAAAAGGAAAUGCUUUGCUAAAUUUCAGGAGCUCCAAAAAUGGAAUUACGUAGUUGUUCAUCGUUGCCUUGUAUGAUCAUUUUCUCCAUUUUCAGGUAAAGCAAACCCAUUUUUCUCCAAAAAGUUAAAAAGUUUUCCUGUUUUGUUUCGCCUUCCGACCUCUCUUAUCUUUCUUUCUUUCUCGGGUUCCCAUCUCCCUCAAAUUGGGAACCUGAAAAUCGAUUCCUCAACUUCAAAAUCAUUUCUUCAGGUAAAGAAAAAACCUUUUCCCUCCUUCUCUUGCAACCUACGUUACCUAACCUAAUUUUAUAUCUUUCAUCCUUCAGAAUGGGUCUAAAGCUCUCAAGAGGUCCUGGAAAAGAGAAAUCAGCUCUAGAACUAAGGCCUCACAUUCUGACUUACCUAACCACAAAUUCUUACCUACGUAACUUGGUGUCCAAGAAACGAAGACGGUUAACCAUGGGUGGAUAUGAUCUCGACAUGUCUUACAUCUCUGACAAAUUGUUGGCUAUGUCUUUUCCCGCUGAACGAAUGAGAGCAGUUUAUAGAAACCCUCUUUGGCAAGUCAAGUCCGUGCUUGAUAUGCGACAUCAUAAUCACUACAAGGUCUACAACCUAUGCAUAGAAGAAUGUUAUGAUCCAGAAAACUUUUACGGCCGCGUGGAGAGAUUCCCAUUUGAUGACAACCAUGUCCCAACUCUUAAAAUGAUCCAACUCUUCUGCGAAAGUGUUCAUUCUUGGCUCUCAUUAGAUCCCAAAAACAUUGCAGUGGUGCACUGCAUGGCAGGAAAAGGCAGAACAGGACUAAUGGUGUCAGCAUACCUUGUCUAUGGUGGGAUGUCAGCAGAGGAAGCUCUAGAGAUGUAUGCAAGCAGAAGAACCACAAACAAUAAUGGAGUCUCGAUACCAAGCCAGCGCCGUUAUGUGAAAUACUGGUCACAUUUACUCUCGUUUUGUAAAAGAAUUGGAAACAGACCUCCCGAGGUUAAAUUACCUCAAGAACAUAGCAGAGAGUUGCUAAGAAUUAGACUUUACGAUACCGUCAAUGUUGAUUCCGUCUUCUUUGUGGUCUCAGAACUUCAGGAGGUUCCCAAUGAGAUGUAUCCACCAUCUGUAGAACUUUCAAGAGGUUGUUGUAGACAGUUCAAGAAAGGCUACUGUAGAAGCUUGAGUCCGCGUUAUUAUAUAUCUCAUUCCCAUAUGAACUGUGAUUCCGAAGAAGAUGAGGUGCUAAAAAAUAGACAAGAACCGCGUCUUGUUGUUCAAAUGGAUACAGAGAGUUCCAUAAUCGACGAGAAAACAUGUCUUGACUUCUACUUUGACAAACCUGUCAGAGUGAGUGGAGACAUACGCAUCACAUUCUAUCAGAAAAUGAUUGGAAGCCGUCUCUUUUAUACUUGCUUCAACACAGCCUUUAUAACCAAUGGCUUGCUUCAGUUUUCCAUAGGAGAGCUAGAUAAAGUUGGUGGUAAUGGAAGAUCAAUAUCUGGUCCUGACUUUAGCUUGGAAUUGCUUUUUACUCCAGCUAGUUCCAAAUCAGGAAAGCUUCUUUCCCGAGAUGACCUUUGUCUCCCUUGAGGCCUCUGUUUUCAGCUCCUUCAAACCCGAGUCGUUGAAGCCAAAAAGAGUUAUGAAUACUCAGCUGAUGCUACAAACACCUCCUCCAUUGCUUACACCGGCAUUUCUCCUGUACAAAAGCAGAGGCAAAUGAGAAAUCUUGAAACACUAGCAGCAAGUAGCUAAUGCAAAUGGCACAUAACAUAUAGUUUUCUCAACAUUUUUGUUUUUUUGGGUAGCAGGGACCGUAAUUUUGGUAAAUGAUAGACAUUAAUGUAAUAUUGUUACUAUCUUGCCAUCCAUUUUUCACUAGGAUGGUCUGUUUCCAGUUUAAUAUUACUGAAUAAAUUUAUCAUUUCCCCCACC